GCUCUGUCGGAUGAGGCGUAUCGAUCUCUGCGGGACCAAGACAAAGAUCAGUGUAUACUAAUCACCGGAGAGAGCGGAGCUGGGAAAACAGAAGCCAGCAAGCUCGUCAUGUCUUAUGUAGCCGCCGUUUGUGGCAAGGGAGCAGAAGUGAACCAAGUGAAAGAACAGCUUUUGCAAUCGAAUCCCGUGCUUGAAGCUUUCGGAAAUGCCAAAACUGUAAGGAACGACAACUCCUCUAGAUUUGGGAAGUAUAUGGACAUCGAGUUCGAUUUCAAAGGCGAUCCUCUUGGUGGAGUAAUAAGCAAUUAUCUGUUGGAGAAAUCCCGUGUUGUCAAGCAACCGAGAGGUGAAAGAAAUUUUCACAUUUUCUAUCAAAUUUUGUCGGGAGGAUCCGAAGAUAUGCUUCAAAAACUGAAGCUGGAGCGAGAUUUCAGCCAAUACAACUACCUGAGCCUGGACUCUGCAAAAGUGAAUGGGGUGGACGAUGCGACCAACUUCAGAACCGUUAGGAAUGCAAUGCAGAUUGUGGGAUUCAUGGACCACGAAACACAGUCAAUUUUUGAAGUGGUUGCCGCCAUCUUGAAAUUGGGAAAUAUCGAGUUCAAGCCGGAAUCCCGAGUGAAUGGCUUGGAUGAAAGUAAAAUCAAGGACAAAAACGAACUCAAAGAAAUAUGUGAGCUGACGGGCAUCGAUCAGUCAGUGCUGGAAAGGGCCUUCAGCUUCCGAACGGUCGAAGCCAAGCAGGAGAAAGUCUCUACAACCCUAAACGUGGCUCAGGGUGAUACAUAA